AUCAAAGAUCAGGUGUGUAAAACGCUUAGCAUAAUGCUGGAGCAUUGUAGGCACACCACACAGGAAGUGGCAGCGGUAGCUUCGGUGGCUGUUGAUUUGGGAAGUACGUAUUCAAAAGGGGCAAGACAUCCCAGAGACUGGGAAGGCGACGCCUGGAAAGCAGAAAAAAUGGGAGAGGAAAAAAAGAGGGAAGGGAAGAGGUGAGCAGGCAACAGGGUCCGCCCUCCAGGCGGGGCGCCAGCGAGAGGCCCAGGCCGGGGCGGGAGCGCACGUGGCCUAUUUUGGGCGGAGCGGACGCGCCUGGUCGCAGCGGAGACCUCCGAGGCGGCCACAGGAGACGAGCCUUGAAGGACCAAGAUGCCUGGUGAACAGCAGACAGAGGAGGAGGAAGAGGAAGAGAUGCAAGAGGAGAUGGUGCUGCUGGUGAAGGGUGAGGAAGAUGAGGGUGAGGAGAAGUAUGAGGUGGUGAAACUCAAGAUCCCCAUGGACAACAAGGAGGUCCCGAGCGAGGCGCCAGCGCCGUCGGCCGACCCGGCGCGCCCACACGCGUGCCCGGACUGCGGCCGCGCCUUCGCGCGCCGCUCCACGCUGGCCAAGCACGCACGCACGCACACGGGCGAGCGGCCCUUCGCGUGCACCGAGUGCGGCCGGCGCUUCUCGCAGAAGUCGGCGCUGACCAAACACGGCCGCACGCACACGGGCGAGAGGCCCUACGAGUGCCCCGAGUGCGACAAGCGCUUCUCGGCCGCCUCGAACCUGCGGCAGCACCGGCGGCGCCACACGGGCGAGAAGCCGUACGCAUGCGCGCACUGCGGCCGCCGCUUCGCGCAGAGCUCCAACUACGCCCAGCACCUGCGCGUGCACACGGGCGAGAAGCCGUACGCGUGCCCGGACUGCGGACGCGCCUUCGGCGGCAGCUCGUGCCUGGCGCGUCACCGACGCACGCACACGGGCGAGAGGCCGUACGCAUGCGCCGACUGCGGAACGCGCUUCGCGCAGAGCUCGGCGCUGGCCAAGCACCGGCGCGUACACACGGGCGAGAAGCCGCACCGCUGCGCCGUGUGCGGCCGCCGCUUCGGCCACCGCUCCAACCUGGCGGAGCAUGCGCGCACGCACACGGGCGAGCGGCCCUACCCGUGCGCGGAGUGCGGCCGGCGCUUCCGUCUCAGUUCGCACUUCAUCCGCCACCGUCGCGCGCACAUGAGGCGCCGGCUCUAUAUCUGCGCUGGCUGCGGCCGGGACUUCAAGCUACCGCCUGGCGCCACGGCCGCCACUGCCACCGAGCGCUGCCCAGAGUGCGAGGGCAGCUGAGCCACCGUUCUUGUCGCCGCGGGGUUGCGAGCGUCCGGCUUGUGGGAGGAGUGGGGGCGGACACGCUGGGACCCUAGACCUGGGGCCGCAUUAACCAGGACCUCCCUGGCUCACCACCAGGGGCUGGGAAAGGGUGGGAUGGCAGGCCUGGCUGCCUUGGAACUGGGAGGCAGGGAGAAUCCCCUUACUGGGAACCCUGGAAACAAUGCCCACUCCCCGCUCACUACAACCCCUUGACCCGUGUUAGUGAAUAAAGUAUUAUAUCCUCGCCCCACCUGUGCCUGUGAGUGAGGCGGGGGGAAGGAGGAAAGUUGGUGUCUUAUCCAGGCUUAAGUGACUUGAAUGAGUUAUGGAGCCAAGUGGGGCAAUAGGCCCAAAGGGGUUCCCUGAACUGGCUUUUUAUGUGUGUGGGGAGUCCUCAUAACUUAAAGUCUGGAAGGGUCCACAAAUAGAGCAUAUUCUGGUCAAGCAGCCGCUGCAUUGUUCGGCGAGCAGGCAUGAAUUUCCUUCUAGGAGAGAUGGGCUGACUUCAUUUCUUAACUUGGAUGCCAGCGUUCGGUGUCAGGAGGGCACAGGAUGAGGAGCAGGACAGGAAUUGAAGUGGUGGCAAUUGUUACACCCCAAUCUGGACACGUUGAGUGUGAGGUAAACGCAGAGGAGUCAGGUGACUGGAAAUAACAGCUUGGGGAUAGCAGGUCUGGAGUGCAUGAUACCUCUUCUAGAAGAGGGUACCCAAGGAAAGUCUGUGAAAGGACAGCCAGAGCUGGAAAGAAAACAGAAGCGUCCUGUCUGGGAAAUCUAAAGGAAAGUGUUUCAUGGAGGGAGUGGUCACUCUGUUAGAUGCUGUAUCUGUAGCUCAGGGAAAGUGGUGACAGGAGGAGUGGGGGUGAAAGCCAUCCUUGAGUGGGCGAGAGUAUAAAUAGGAGAAUGAGGAAGCCGAGUGGAUGGGUGUAGACAACCCAUUUUAAGAGGCUUGGCUGUGAAAAGCAAGAGGGAAAUGGCUGGAGGUUCGUUGGGUUUGUUUGGUCAGUAGGGAAGAAACCUGAUGAUGCUUUAUAUAUGCUGGUGGCAGAGCUGACAGAAAGGAAGAGAAGUUGGUUAUAUAGAAGAGAGGGAAGGUAACUCAUCAUGGAGAGGACAUACGAUAAGAGACCAGUAAGGAUAAGGUUCCUGCUGUCACUAGUAGGGAGAGGAAAGGUGGGUUUGGGAAUACAAAGCUGAAGCAGUUCUAAUCCGCAUUUUGUUUUACCUGGCAAGUAAGAGGUCACUGGUUAAAAGGGAGUGAGGUCAUUAGUAAAAGGAAUGAGACCAGUAAAGAAGAAUGCCUCUUUAGGCUCAGAGGGGCAGCAAAAGUAGUUUGGAGGGUUUUUUCUGGCAUUACUGCACACUGAGGGAGGUAGGCCAUGGUUAUCCCCUAAAGGGAAGUGAUGUGCCUGAGGUCACACAAGGGGUAAAUCAUACGCACCCAACACCAGAGGUGCAAGUGGAAAUUGGCCUUGGGAGGAU